AUGCCUCGGAGAACACAGCCAACCUUGAGUAACGUUGUUGAGCUGGAGGUGAAGAAAAGGGAACUUGACGAACUCCAAGUACACCAAAUAGAAUUAGUGAAAUUCAUAAAGGCCCUUCGACAAUGGCAUCAGCAGGUAGAACAGCUCACAACAAGUGGUCGGUAUGCAUUUGGUAUUCAAUCGGACGAGCAAAGAGGCCUCACUCAUGACGAAGGGAUAGCCCACUACGAGGAAGAGCUCGUUAAUAUAGGCAGCAGAAUAUCCACCGUUGAAUCCUCCAUUGAACUCCUUUCACAGCCAUAA